AUGAUAGGGAGCAGAAUCAGCAGCAGCAUCCAGCUGCCAGGCUGGCAGCAGCUGCUUUGGCUCCUGUGCCUCACCUGCCUGGUCGGCUGGGUGUGGGCGGAUGACUGGUCGCAGAGUUGCGCCUCGAACUGCACAUGCAAGUGGACGAAUGGCAAAAAGUCAGCCAUAUGCAGCUCGCUGCAGCUGACGAGCAUACCGAACACGCUGAGCACUGAGCUACAGGUGCUGGUGCUCAAUGAUAAUCACAUACCAUAUCUGAAUCGGGAGGAGUUCUCGGCGCUGGGUCUGCUCAACCUGCAGCGCAUCUAUCUGAAGAAAUCCGAGGUCCAAUACAUACACAAGGAGAGUUUUCGCAACCUGAAGAUACUCGUGGAGAUUGAUCUGUCGGACAAUAAGCUGGAGAUGCUCGACAAGGACACGUUUAUGGGCAACGAUAGGCUGCGCAUACUCUACUUGAAUGGGAAUCCCCUCAAGCGGCUGUCCGCCUAUCAGUUUCCCAUAUUGCCGCAUCUGCGCACCCUGGACAUGCACGACUGCCUGAUCUCGUACAUAGAUCCCAUGUCGCUGGCAAAUCUCAAUCUGCUCGAGUUUCUCAAUCUCAAGAACAAUCUGCUGGAGAGCCUCAGCGAGUACGUGUUCCAGCACAUGGGCAAUUUGAAGACCCUCUCCCUGGAGGAGAACCCCUGGCAGUGCAAUUGCAAGCUGCGUAAGUUCCGCAACUGGUAUGUGGGCAGCCGGCUGAGCUCCGUGAGCCUGGUGUGCAAGGGUCCGCCGGCGCAAAAGGAUCGCACCUGGGACAGUGUGGACGAUGAGCUCUUUGGCUGCCCGCCCCGCGUGGAGAUCUUCAACAAUGAGGAGGCAACGAACAUCGACAUUGGCAGCAAUACGACAUUCAGCUGCCUGGUCUACGGCGAUCCACUGCCCGAGGUGAGCUGGGAGCUGAAUGGCAAGAUCCUGGACAACGACAACGUGCUCUUCGACACGGAGAGCAUCACGUCCGACAAGCUGUGGAGCAACCUGACCGUGUUCAAUGUGAGCAGCCUGGAUGCGGGCACCUACGCCUGCACGGGCACCAAUCUGAUCGGAUCGAUGACCCAAAACAUUAGCAUCUAUUUGAGCGAGAUUGUCCAGCACGUGCUGGUGAAGACGCCGGAGACCUUCUGGUACUUCGGGCUCAUCAUGGGCAUCUUCGGCACCGUCUUCCUGCUCAUCGCCAUCUCGUUCGUGGUCUGCCUGUGCAAGCGCACGACGCGCCAGCAUCGGCAUGCCAACAAGGCGGGCGUCAAGUCGAGCGUCAGCUUCAAUGACCAGGAGAAGAAGCUGCUGGACUCGAGUGUGACGACGACAACGAACGACCGCGGCGACAGCUAUGGCAUUGACAACAAUCCCAGCUCGAUCAACAAGACGGACUCCACGCUCGGCUUCAAUCAGAUCGAGAUCCAUGCCGUGGAGGCGCAUCGCACGGGCUUGAGCCAGCAGCAGCAACAGCAGCAGCAACAACAACAACAGCAGCAACAGCACCAGCAGCAGCAGCAUCAGCAGGGUCAGGCUGGUCAGCAUAUGCGGCAGCAGCUGAUGACCGUCAAGGAUCCCACCUGCGGACUGAUCAGUGUGCCCACCUCAAUGGCCGGCUACCAGCAUCAGCAUCAGCACCAGCAUCCGCAUCAACUGCACUCGCACUCCCAUUCGCACGGCCAUGGCCAGAUGUCGGAGGAGUUUCCACUGAAUGUGGGCGUCUUCCCACCGCCGCCGGAGUUCUGCUCCAAUAUUGUGCCAAAUCCCACCUUUGGCAACAUAUUCAUACGCGUCUCCGUCACCCAGGACAUGCUCGACGGCGCCGACAUCAACAUGUAUCCAGAUCUGCUCAACAUACCCAAGCGUCUGCAGGAUGUCCAGUGCUCGGCGGAUGGCAGCGGUGCGGGCAGCAGCAGCAGCACCACCAGCGAUGGCCAAAGUGUGGCCCAAUUUGCCACACUGCCGCGGCACACGGCCCGCCGUGGCAUACUGAAGAAGGACUCCUCGCUGCAGCCGGGGGCAGCUGCAGCAGCAACAGCUGCCACAAAUCUCUAUCCCCAUGACGAGAUCGUUACGUACAAUCUGGAGGCGGGCGGCUAUCAUUGUGGCGGUGGGGGCAAUGGUGACAUGGAGCUGCCGCUGCCACCACCGCCGCCGCCGCCGGCUGUCACCGCCGUGGUGCAGUGCCAUCAUCCCACGGCAACGGCAGCGGCGGCGGCCGCGGCAGCAGCAGCGCCAACCAUGUCCGCUGCGAAUUGCGCCAGCUGUAUCAACAAUGCGCCCACAUCCGCCUGCAGCACGCCACCCAUUGUGGAGGCGACUCCGUUGCGUGACAGCUCCGCCUAUCCCAAAUACGAUAAUAUGGGACGCCGCAUCACGGCCAGCGGCGGGCUGGGCAACUCGACGCUGUCGCUGCCAGACGAGAACGAGACUCUAUUCAGCGAAACGACGGCCGAUGCCAACAUGACAGAGGCGGAGACAACGGCCCAGGAUCAUCAGCAUCAGCAGCAUCAUCAGCAGCAUCAUCAGCAUCAUCAUCAUCAGCUGCAAACGACGGAGCCGGCGCCGGGCAUGGAGAAGGGCAAUGCUGGAGCUGGUGCCGGCGAGGGGGCUGGCGAGUUUGUCUCCCUCUAGUAUUAUGGCACACAGGUGUAAAGCGCGCCACCUGUCGGCCAAUAGUUUCGUUGCCCGCUAGCAGCAGCCUGGCUGGCUAGCGCCCUCUGUCGGUCAAUAGAUUGUGCUGCAAAACCGAAUUCAAUCAGAGCUCACAGCGCAAGCAAAAACACGAAUAGGAAAAAAAAAAACUCCACUGUGGCAAUCGUUUUGUUUCAUAUCAGCCAAAUUCUUCUCAAGUAACAUUUUAAUCUAUAUAAUAUAAAUAAAAUAACUGAAAAAUUAACAAUCUAUUGACUGUCGCAGAGCCCAUUCAAAGCAGAAAGCGCGAAUGCGAAUCCAAGAGCAAUUUAUGUAGAAUCAAAAGAAAUCUUUCGAGAAUAUGAGAAUGUAUAAUGAAAUGUAUAAUGAUUUAGUAAAGCUCUCGCAAGCUAAGAACAAGAAAAGCAAAACAAAUGAAAACGAAAUGUAGUCUAAUUAGAUGUAAAAACGAAACACAUAUAGAAUCCAUGGUAACCCAUUCCUAAAUUUUAGAUGCAAUCCACUGAACAGCUUUGCCAUUAACCCCGAAUGCCAAUUACCACAACAAAAUUUGUAUUUUACAGUUGAUUGGCUGAUUGACGGGGCGAAUGGCAAACGAUGAUUCGAAAUGUUUCCAGUGGCAUUUGUCAUAAAUCGAGCGUAGUUUGUCUAAUUUGGUAAAUCGAAAAAGAAAAAAAAAAAAAAAAA